ACUUCCGCUGAAUUCGUCCUGAUACAUUAAAACGCUGCGCGAUUAAAUCGGUCACGGCGAUCCGACUCCAGCCGGAGAAUCUAGAGCCGCGAUUACUGGAAUCGAUCCCAUGCGGCUGCCUCCCGCCACGCUGUGUCCAGGUCUCCAUGGAGAUGGACCCAAUGUGCUCUUGGGUGCCGCCAGCUGCUGCUUCUGCGCUUGAUGCGGCACUCAUGAAGCAGGAGGAGCGGACGCCAUGGACGCAUGCGGCGUUGAAGCUGGAGGAGGACGGAGUGGAUGGUGCCAGCUUCCCGUGCCUGCUGUGCGGCCGUGAGUUUGGCCGCCAGAGAUCUCUGCGCCAGCACGAGCGGUGGCACCGGCGGACGGCGGUGGUGGCCCCUCACCCGGAGGGACUCGGUGACGACGAUGACAACGUUACCGGUGCCAGCCUCCCGGGCCAGCCAGGCUCCCGUGCCACGGAGAGGCUUCACGGCUGUGCCGUCUGCGACAAGGCGUUCAAGCGGAAGCGAUAUUUGAUAGUGCACCAGAGGACGCACACGGGCGAAAAGCCAUAUGGCUGCACCGAGUGCGGUAAGGCAUUCACGCAGAAGGGCCACCUGCGCAUGCACCUGAUGUCCCACAGCGGCGCGAAGCCAUACGCGUGCAGUGUGUGCGAGAAAGCGUUCCCCAGGAAGGGGCAUCUGCUGGUCCACGAGAAGACACACACCGGCGAGAGGCUGUACGUGUGCACGGUGUGCGACAAGGAGUUCUCUCGCAAGGAGCACCUCCUCGUGCACCAGCGCACGCACACCAACGAGAAGCCGUACAAGUGCCUCCUGUGCGAGAUGGCGUUUAGGCAGAAGAAGUACCUGCUGAUCCACCAGAGGAACCACACGGGUGAGAAGCCCUACACGUGCGCGGUGUGUGACAAGGCCUUCAAGAAGUCAGAGUACCUGCAGAUCCACCAGAGGACGCACACGGGGGAGAGGCCCUACAAGUGCGUGCAGUGUGAGAAGGCAUUCACGCAGAAGGGCGACCUGCAGAGGCACGAAGCAAUCCACUCGGGAAAGAAACUCUUUGAGUGCCCCGUGUGCGGAAAAGCGUUUAAGCGCAAGGACUAUCUUGCCAUCCACAAAAAUAACCACAGUGUGGUGAAGGGCGAACAAAAAGUAAAGGUGAAGUGAACCUGGGGAGAGAUUCCCAGGCUCAACAAGGACGACGGCAAGAUAAAGCUUCCCUGUCCACUCUUGCUGUAUUUACUCCUGCCUACGCGUCGCAUGACUCCUCGUGCAGUCGGAGCCACUUGCUAUUGCUGAUUCUCCCUUUCCCCACAUUUCAACACCUAGGAGACUCACUGCAGGUGUUACCCUUUAAACUUGCAGUGUUCUUACAUUCUGGAGUGUUCUUACAUUCUGCACUGCAGUCAGGGUCUCAUUGCUGGGUUUGUAGGCAAUGGGCUUGCAGUCCACUCAUUUGUGUUCUGUGUGUUGCCCUGGAGGAGUCUGUGAUGUUUGCGAUUGCUGGGGUAAAGUAUUAAUGAUGGGGGGGGCUAUUGCACCAACAAUUAAUGUAGUGGAUGACCUGACUUGGCAGAGGCUGUGCGAGUAUCCUACUAGUGACUGGGAUUAACAAGGAUGGACUCAAAUGCACAAGUGGUGUCCCCGGAUCAUGGAAAGACUGGUUGGGGCCCCAUAUCCUCAGUGGCUGCUCUGCGUCGCACACUGAGGGUUCAGGAAAUGCAGUCGGUGGCUCGGGACGCAUUGAGGACACGGAGACGGCACUGGUAUGCAUGGAGCCAGGGGGCUUGUGGAGAGGAAGAGGAGUACGUGGCCCCAGUGAACGCAGUGCCUCAGGGACUCCAGCAGUAGGAGCUGUGAUGCUCUUGAUAAGAGCCUUUUCUUGCAUUGGGAUGGGAGUGCAGGUGUUUCCUCCUGCUGUGGUACAUAGAACGUAGCAGACAUCACGAAUAUGUUAGAAGCCACACCGUUGCCUUGAGUGUGGCAAGUUAGAUUCCUGAGUCCUUAGACUUUUCAUAUAGAUCCAAAAGGCCUAGUUUGGAAAAUACAAUUCACAGGCAUGUCCUCAUUCAAUGAUCAUAAUUUUCCAUGUGCUAACAUGAGAUGGCAUUGAUACAAAUGGACGGAAAAAUAUUGUCCAAUUUGGUGUUUGCAGAAUGUUUUUUUUAUGGAAUCAAUUAUCUUAUUCCCUUCCAGUACCAUUGUAAUGGCUUGUUAUGUUAUAGUGCUCUUGGAUUUCAUGUUAGCUCCUCAACUCUCCUAAAACACUUCUGCUUUGUAUUCUUGGUUCUUUCGGUGAGGUCACGUAGAAGGGAAACAAUAAAAUAAUACAAUAAAAAUAUAAAACAAAAUUCUCACGACUGCAUUUAAAAAAUAAUUGUAUUGUUUUAUAUUUUUAUUUUGUUUCCCUUCUACGUGACUUUACCGAAAGAACCAAGAAUAUGAAUCCCUGCAGUCACGAAAGCUUUAAAUCAAAACUUCUGCUUUGUGUUCAUAUACAGCUUUCAUCACUGGUGUUUUGAACGCCAUUCUGGUAUUUAUUGUCCCACCAUUCAAACUCGUCUCACUGUUGUGUGGCAUUACUCUAAGCCUGCUUAUAGCCCUGUUCAAAGCAUGUCUACAUUUUACUCUGGAAUAAGGUCCAAUUAAAAUUCUGGUCGCACCCACCAGGCCACAAUAACCAAAUUGUUGCUUUGUAAGAAUCCAUAUGAAGUGAUUGUCACGUGCUGUUAAUGCUUGAAUAGUUAAGUCUGAAUGUAUUUUGGUUGUAGAACUAAUAUACAACAUUUAAAUAUGAGAGCAUGCGUUGGGGCACCCAUCUCACGUUCAAACCGACAAUGGGUAGUACGAGUGCCUUUUUAAAGUGUAAUGUCACUCGUAAUUAUGCAACGUCACUAACACUUGCAUUAUGUGGUGAUGUGUCGGCCAGUCCUCACUGCAUUUAAAAUACAUCCCUCAGAAGAAAGUGAGCCUAUGGAUAAAGAUGCUUUGGUCACCAUCGAUAGACCAUGUGUCACUGCCACUGACAACACCUCCCAGAUGGACACCUGUGUGGCUCUCUAAUUGCUUUAAUGUAAUGCCUCAAUUUGUUCCUACACUAAGGUGCUGCAUUGGAGAGGAGUGUUUAAAUGCAAGUGAUGUGUUUCUCGAUAAAUGGGGCGUUGCAUCAUGA